AUGGUUCAGCUUCUGAACAAUCUUCUAGUCAUUGAAACCGGGCCACAGAUAAUAACGGGUGCUGGUCUUGGAACUAGAGCUAACGAAGUUGAAAGAAUACAUCAGGAAAACUUGGAACGUUUAUCCCAACUCACUGAGGAAGAAAUACUGGAAGAAAGAGAAAAAAUUUUGUCCCUCGCUGAUCCCAACGUCCUCUCAUUUUUGAUACGAAAAGGCCGUAAUGUAAAAAAUGCAGAUACUGUUAAGACACGUUAUGAAAUGCAAGAGUUGUCAAAUAAACCAACAGACUCCGAUAUCUCCAGUUUGCCUUUGAAUCCAGAUCCAAAGAUACUUCAUAUGGAUGUCUUAGAAGUUGAUAAAUUGGAAUGGACACGAGAUCUUCCCCCUGUAGCUAAAAAGGCACCAUCUGUAGAACUAUCCAGAACAAAUUCCGCAAAUGAAACAUCAUCAGAUCAUUUAGAAACUAAUGACCAUGAAAUUGGAAAGUAUGAAUGCGGACGUAAUACGCAUCAAGCUCGUUUUGAUUUAUCAGGUCUAGUUGUCCCACCUGAUGCUGAUGUGGAUACUUAUCUGGGAUUGCAUCAUCAUGGUGAAGAACCAGAGAGAGCCGGUUAUACUAUUGCCGAGAUGUUCCAUUUAUGCCGUUCGGGCGUACCGGCUCAACGUCGCCUUGCUCUAUCAAUGCUGGGGUCAUCUUUGGUUCAAACACGUUUUGGCAGACAUAUUCGUUAUUUAGCUCCAGCCAACUCGCCUAGUUUAAUUAUAUGUCUAUUGUCAUCUAAAAACUUCUCUCCUGAGAUUCCGAAUGAAAAUCAAAAUGGAGGUUGCGGUGGUAUUCUCUUCUUGUUGCGAUGGUGUUUAGACGAAGCAGUCAGCACACUUACCAGUACUAAUUCUGUAGGUGGAAACAAGGAUGCUGGUGGGGCAUCUUUAGCUUUAGUUACUGAGUGUAUUCGUUGUUUGGCUAAUUUAAUUUGUGAUACUCAAUCAGAGCUUUUUCUCAACUAUGCAUAUGAAUGGCCAAUUGAAUUUAUUUACAAAAGUUGUCUAUUUAUUGCUCCACCAAUUAAACCAAUCAAUACGAGUGUAACUUCUCAGCAGUCAACUGGUGAAGAGCAUGAUGAUAGUGAAUUAGCUGCUAAUGAUCCCGUUGAAUUCCUGUUUAUACGCUCAAAACUAGCAAGAAGAAUUGCUUGGUUGCUCGCUCCAGGUAAAGGUCGUGCCGGUGUAUGUUUAACGGCUGAUGCUGCUGGACUUUGGUUGCCAAGUAUGAUCAUUCGGGGUUUACGUCAUUCGUCUUCAACAGCGUAUGAAAUCUUUCGUACACCAGAACUAGUAUCCGCUCUUUUGAUGCACUAUCUUCCAGUCAAUGAAUACCGACAUUACAACAAAGGGAUUUCAAACACCAAACGUCCUAAUCAUUUGUCUUCAGUAAACAAUAUUCCACUACCAUCCAUAAUGCGUUUAUGCCGUAUUUGGAUCCAAGUUUCGGAUAGUAUUUUACUGGCAUUUGUCAACGAUCAUCAUCUUAUAGAACGCUGUUUAUCGUAUUUAUGCUAUAAGGAUUCUAUUGUAAAUGAAUCCAAUCUAACCACUUCUGAUCUAGUUGGAUUUUUACACAAUGCACUUCCAAUAUGUUUAGCCAUUCAAUUACAAAUUGAGUCGAUUCGUUGUUUGAAUUCAUGUUUUGUAAAUCGCACACCACCGUACAGAGCUGUUUGUCUAUUACAGAAUAACUUAUCUGAUAUUUUCCAUUCUGCACAAAAUUGUUGGAUAUUAUAUCAUUCUAAAUUUAUUACUGAAAGACAAACUACACUUGUUGAAGAAGAUUACUUUCUUACAUCACUUUUAACUAGUUGGAUUCAUUUUCUGAUUAAUUUAUCAUUUUGUCUCAUGGAAGAUGAAAAUAAUAAUUCUACCAAUAUACAUCAAACAAUUCAAAUGAUUAUUAAAAAUGUCUUGAAUUGGUGUUGUGAACUUGAGAACCAUAUCAGUAAAAAAUUACAAAGUAAUUUAAUUACGCCUGCUUGGGAAAGUUUUGAAAAAGAUUUAACUGAAGCAGGCCUGAAUACGUCUCUAAUGGCUGUAGUAAUUACAUCUAGUUUGAAAUGUAUCCAGUUAUUAUCUCGAAUCAAAUUACAGCUAAACACAUCUUUUCACGAACAAUCUAUCAAUCAUUGGAAUGGUAGUUUAACGCCAAUAUUCAAACUACCAUUUUGGAAUCAAAUGCUUUAUCGAUUCAUUCAAAACGAAAGUAUUCUUACUGGUAGUCCUGUUCAGGUUCGUGAUGUAUCCCCAUGUUUACUUCCAGAAUCAUCAAUAAACGUUCAUACAGAUGAAGGAGUAAAACUUGACUGGACUUCUGUUGAUCAAAAUACAUUGUUGGAUGAUGGAGUUUUACAACUAGUCUCAUUAUCGCCUAGUUGUCUACCAAAUUAUGGUACUGUACUAUAUUUUUGUUAUGAUCCACACUAUAGUCAAUUAAGUGGAUUAACAUGGCCAAAAGUUAAUUCACAGUCAAUCAAUUCUACAACUCAAGAAAUAAAGAAUACUAAUAGUCAAAAUGAAUGUGAUCAAGUAUCAUUUAAUCCGAAACAAAUGAAUACAAGAUAUUUACCAUUAAUGUCUGCUAUGAUUCAUAUUUUAGAAUCGAUUAUCGUUCAUUUCAAACUACACAUGAUAACAUUGAAACAGUUAUCACCAAUUUCCGAUUUACUUCUUCCUUUAAUCGAUUGGAUCAAACGUGUUUAUCAAAAAUCAUUUUUUCUCAAAUGGAAAUCGCUAUCUAUGAUUCAACAGAAAUUCUCGACGGUAACUUCCACUGAUGAGGUUGAUAAUGAUGAGCCUCAUUUGCUCAUAUCCAUUGAAUGCGAAUUAAUUACAAGAAUAUUGUUACUGUUUAGUCAGAUUUUAGAAUUAAAUGAAUCAAGUCUAAGUGUCUAUCUAAAAUCAUCGUUAUGUUGUAAUUCGACUUUGGGUGAAUAUGUCAAUAGUGGUAAUAUUAUUCAUUUAGCUGCUUUACGUAUUCUCCCAUAUUUACGUAAAGGUCAAGAAGAAUUACGAACUCGUCUUAUUUUAGAAGUUAUAUUCAAUAAUCGACAAAUUGAAUUAAACAGAUUCAACAAUACGCUUAACGUUGAAUACGUUUUACGACGUCUACAUGAAAUUAAAGAAUUGUAUUACAACGAAUUAGUUCUUGGAACAACAAAAACUUCCAGUGCACGGAAUGAUCGUGUCAUAGAUAAUAAUAACGAAGACAGUCGAUCAAGUUUAUCACCAAUUCUUGAGGAUAUGCCUGAAGUAAAUCCAGGUCAUUCAUUGAAAUAUCAAUCUAUCUUUCAAUUAAAUCAUGUUAUUUCUAAACCAAGAUCUGUAUGUGACAGACUAAUUUCAAAGGAAUGGGUAUAUCUACCAUUUAUUCAUGCAUAUUUAUUGUCGAAAUCCAAAAAAAUUAAUGAGGAAGAUGAAACGUAUCGUAAGCUCAUUUUAGAUCGAUCGUUGAAUUGUUUGACGUGGAUAAAUUAUCUUCAAAAAAUUGCAAAUUUAUGCGACUAUACAGAUAGUUACAACUUUGGUUUCAUGGAUCCAAUUGAAUCAAUUGUGCGACUAACUUUAGGUUCUAUCUCAUAUCCCGGUGCUGGAGGUUUAGGCUUUGAACCUACUGGUCAACUGCUAGCUGAAAUUUUAUAUUCUAUCGGACCAAUUAGACCGUCGUUAACAUUUAGAAAUGAUCAAGAAACCAAUACUUCACUUGAAGUUGUUAAACUCCCAGUAAAUUUUCCAUCAUAUUAUGAUCUAUAUAUUGACCUAGUGAAUCACUACAAUGCAUUGUCGUAUAAUUCUCCAGUGUUUGCCAAUCUAGUACUUUGGCCUUGUCAACAGUUAUGUCAUGUAAAAUAUAGACGCGCACUAUGGGGUGAACAUCAACAAGUUUUAAAUUCACUUCGUAUUGUUUUAAAUCAGCUUAUUAUACCAUUGUCAAGCUUCCUUGAACCAGUUGAGACGAACUCAUCCAUGAUUCGUGUUUAUGCGGCCGCAAUUCUAUCUGGUACAGUCCAAAUAACUCGUCAACCUUUAUUGUUCUUGAUAGCUGUACAUCAUUUAAAUCGCUAUUUAUACAAUAAAGAUAAUUGGAAUAGUGAAUUUACUCAACAAUUUGUACGUUUAUGUAAAUUAUUACCUCAAGUGACAAAUAUCAAACCAACAACAACAACAUCAUCAUCACCAUCGUCGUCGUUGUCUAUGCAAAAAAUCGGUAAUAAAAUUGAUAUUCUAAAUUUACUACGCUUUUAUAAACAGCCUAAUAAACAAUGGUUACAACAAAUGAAAUCCAUCGAAUUGAAUACAAAUUUACAUGUUGGUGUACAUGAUUCAUUAGUUCAUUUAAUGAAUGAUAAUAAUGAUUAUGCCAGCAUAACUAGUGCAACAACAUUUAAUGAAGCUAUUUUAAAAGCAUCUAUUGAAUGUUAUAAUACGGAUACACUACCUAAACAUCGUCAACUUUAUUGGAUUGAAUUAUUUGAAAAAGAAAAAGGAAGAAAUGAAAAUCAAUUGAAUACAGAAAAUAAAGUUUAAAUCAAAUUAUACAUUUAAAGAUACUACUUAUUUUACUUAUCAAAUUAAUAUACUAUGGAUAUUUACAAACAUCAAGAAGUAUGUGUAAUCUUAUGGGAACCGAUAUCGACUAGAAGCUUAAAAACAAUGAUAUUAAACGUAAAGAAACAGAAGCGCUUUGGAUCACAGUUAAGUUUUGAUGAAAGUUGAGAAGGAAUGAUAAAAAAACAUGAGGAGCAGGAGGAUGAUAAUGAUGACAACUGAAAUUGAAUGAUGAAUAGAAGUAUAAAGACAAGUACUACACUUCUAAUAAUCUACCAACACAACAUUUACAAUUUGGACAGUCAUGACGUAGAGUUUGAUAUCGUAAAUUUUCCAACGUUAUAUGUGAAAUAUGAUGCUUUUGAAUACUAUCAUUUGUAUUGAAAUCAGAAACUAGUUCCUUGUUGGUUAGACUUUCCAUUUCAUCACCUAUAUCUUCAUCGUUUAAAUCGGAUACACCAGCUUCGAAUUCUUUUUCAUCAGUAGAUAGUUCAAUCUCUUCAAUGAGAGAGCGAAAUUCAUUUAGGAAUCUGCCUCCUAGAUGAUCUGAAAUGAUAAAAAUGGAGUUGAUAAUUGAGAACGUAACUCAUUUGCCUGUUGUUCAACCUGAACACAUAGAGAAAAACAAACAAAUAAACAUAUUGGUUGCCUAAUCUAAUCAACUUAUUUCAUAGCUUGCAACAUUAUAG